AUGCCUGUCGCGCUUGGGGACGAUCUCGUGUAUUCGCCAAGGCCCUUUGCCGUGGCGUCUGCUGUCGUUGCCCCUCCUGCUGUAUCGGCACCGGCUCCGGCAACUGCGGGGAUGUCGCCACCUCCCGAUCCUGUGUCUGCGCCGUCGCCUGUGCCUCCUGCUGACCUGGCCCCUGCGCCUGUUGUGGCGCCACCUCCUGCCGUGGCGUCGUCGUCCGCGCCUGCUGUGGUGGAAGCCCCUGCUCCUGAAGUGGCGCACUUGGCUGCACGCGGUGACGCGUCUGCUCCUGCGCCUGCUGCGGCGACUGCUCCGGUACCAGCCGCGGUGUCUGCUCCUGCGCGUGCAGCUGCGUCUGCUCCUGCGCCUGCUCCUGCGCCUGCCGCGGCGUCUGCUCCGGCGCAACCUCCUGCGCCUGCUGCUGCGGCUUCGUAUGCGGCUGCUGUGGCGGCCUCCGUGCCGCCACAGGCUGCGCCCGCCGGGGCGCCUUCUGCUACUGCUGCUGACCCGUCUUACCAGCCGCCUCCAGCCACCAGCGCCGUCCUGUACCAGGCGGGGGAUGCCGUUUCGCCGUCGGCUCCUGCGUCAUCCCCUGCUGCCCGGCCGGCUCAGCAUCAUCCAUCCCCACAUCGCCGACCCUCUCGUCCUCACUCACCCUUGCCGCGAGAUGAGCGGGAGUCGUCGCGGCGCCGACGUGAUUCUCCUCGGCGUCACCAUUCACAGGCGAACUGGCCUGCCCACCGUGGCGGUCGCGGUGGCUGGAGGGGUGGUCGCGGUCGUGGUGGUGGCGGGGCGUAUGAGCCACCGCUGACGCUUGCGGAUGUGCAGCGGGUCGUUUCGGCUGCAAUGCGCGAGGAGAGGGCCGAGCAGGCGAGCCGGAGCAGCUCGCGGCAUGCCGCGCCGGCGCCUGUGGCUCCUCCUGCUGCACCUCCUGUGGCCGCGUUUCCUGCGGUUGCUCCUCCUCCUCCUGCUCCUGCUGCGUCAACCUCCGCACCUGGGGCGCACCUUCGGCUGCCGCGCGUGCCUCUUGUGGCGGGCCUGGAGGUUGUGUCCGCGGCGGGAGGAGUGGUGCGCGUGCCAGAGGCGACGCUUGGCCAGGUGUGGUGGCUCUCUGAGAGCCUGCAUGCGCUCCUGCUGAUUCAGGUGCAGGCGCACGCGUCUCUGACGCGGGCUCCCCUGGGUAUCCUCCUUGACGGCCAACGGGAGGAUUGCCUUGACGCGGCAGAGCAGCUCUCCCUCCUCCUGGUGCCCGUGUUGGCUGCGCCCACGCGGGGAGCCGUUGGGGCUGUGGGCCAGCUUGACGCUGCCGUUCGUGGUCUGCGGCGUUGUUUGCGCGCAGGGUCUGCAGCCGACGCGAUCGGCGCAAGCUCGUUGGUAGUACAGGAGUUGUGGAGGUCCUUGACAGGGAUUCUCGGUCCCCUUGAGGCGGAUCGCAUGUAG